UUCGGCCAUAAGAUCUGCUCUAAUAGCCAACGGAAUGGAUAAAGUCGUAAUAUGGGAUGUGGAUCCACAAGAUUCUAUAGAUGGUGUCACCGAAUCGCAGAGUGAAGAAACUUUUGAUCAAGAGAUUUGUGAUCUAAAUCCCCAUAUCGUGAUAAGUCACGAUAGGAUUGAAACUGAGUCAACUAACAAUGGGUAUCAAUUUGAUACAGUGGCUGGGUGUGUCGGAGAUGGGGACUCAAGCAAUUGGUAUAAUGUUGAUACUGAGUCAUUUGGUACAAGGGACGAAACUUGGACAUGUACUUCAGAUGAUAUGCAUAAUUCGUUUGAUACAUCACCUAACAGAGUUGUAGCUAUAAAUAUUAAACCGUUUAAAAUUUUACUAUAUAAACCGAACUAG